AUGCUGAGCUUGGAGAAGCUUCACGACGUUGUCCAGCGCCAGCACAGAGAGUUGAUUAAAAGACUUGAUCAUCAGCACGAGAUCCUGAAGCACUCCGCUGGGAAGACGCAGCUGACCCCGUGGUCUCGACAGUCAUCUCCAUGGGUUCGGCAAAUAUCCCCGCCGACACCGACGAGGUUGCGAACUGUCCCAGAAACCGAAGGUGCGCAGCGCAGGGCAAAAGAGCACGCCCCCCGUGGAGGGAGCAAAGAGAAUGCUCCUGAUGGGAGGAGGGACUCUAAGGACCUACCGACCCGUCUUACGAAGGCAUCUUCGCACCUCCACAAGACAUUUCGCCCGGUCUUCCAAACCUUCACUCAGGCAGACAUGGCUCUUCGCAACGUGGCCAAGACCGUGGACAGAGAGCGGCAGAAGAGGAGAGACGACGGGACGAUGUCAGAGACGUCCCGACCCGACGGGUCGCUGGCAGCGAGCCUUCGAAACUUCGUGCACUCCACUGCGUUUGACAGCUUCUUUGCCCUCUUGGUGAUGACAAACACGAUCUUUAUCGGUGCGGAGGUGCAGCAGACCCUGGAGCAUGGAGAACAGCCCGAGGUCUUCGUCAUUAUCCAGUAUAUCUAUACAGGCUUCUUUGUUUUGGAGCUACUCAUGCGCCUGGCGGCAGGCGGCAGGCAGUUCUUGUGCGGUAAAGACUGCGCGUGGAGUUGGCUGGACAUCUUCGUGGUCGCAAGCUCGCUGACAGAGGUCGCCUAUGACAUCCUCGAGGCUCACGGCCUCGCGAACAGCUCUGGGCUCCGUGCUUUGCGCAUUGUUCGAGUGACACGCUUCCUGAAGUCUCUGCGCCUGAUCCGCGUCUUCCGCUUCGUCCUGUCGCUGCGAACACUGAUAACCUCCAUCAUCUAUACCCUGCGUUCGCUUUUCUGGGCCUUGGUUUUGCUUGCUCUCAUCAUCUACCUCUUCUCCGUGCUCCUGGCACAGGCGGUCGCUGACUAUCGUGUGGAGUCUGCGCUGCCUGAACGCGCCGAGAAUGCAGCGGUGAGGUACUAUAGCUCGCUGGCCAAAACCAUGCUCAGCCUCUUCAUGUCCAUAACCGGCGGAGUCAGUUGGGAAGAAGUGCUCGAGCCAUUGGAGCACAUCUCGAGCGUGUGGGUCAUCGUGUUUCUCAUUUACGUUCAGUUCACGUACUUCGCCGUGCUGAACGUCUUGACAGGCGUUUUUUGCCAGUCGGCAGUGGAAAGUGCGCAGAACGAUCAUGCGAAUGUGGUUCAAUCCAUGCUCGCGAACAAAGAGGCGCACGUGGAGAAGAUCCGUGCCCUCUUCAGCAAGCUGGGUGCGGAAGAGGAGGGCAUCAUCACCUAUGACAU